CCGCACAAUCUAUUAAUUGCAAGGACUCAUCUUCCACAGCCACCACCGCCACCUUCUCUUCCUCGUCGCUUUCGUCUCGCCUUCCUCUGCUUCUCCUUCUACCGGCGCCGCCGCACCUAGGCUCCGACUCCGACCAAAGCCCUAAUCCUUCGCUCCUCCCAGAUGGACGGCGGUGGCGCGGCACGGGUCACUCGCACGCCCGAGGACGUCUUCCGGGACUUCAGAGGCCGCCGUGCCGGCAUGAUAAAGGCUCUCACUACUGAGGUCGAGAAGUUCUACCAGAAGUGCGAUCCAGAAAAAGAGAACUUGUCACUUUAUGGGUUUCCUAAUGAGACUUGGGAAGUGAACUUGCCAGCUGAGGAAGUGCCACCAGAACUACCUGAGCCAGCUUUAGGAAUCAAUUUUGCUAGGGAUGGAAUGGCCGAGAAAGAUUGGCUAGCACUAGUUGCGGUUCACAGUGAUUCAUGGUUACUCGCAGUUGCCUUCUAUUUUAGUGCACGUUUUGGAUUUGACAAAGAGUCAAGGAGGCGGCUUUUUAAUAUGAUCAACAAUCUGUCUACUAUAUAUGAAGUUGUAACCGGAACAGUCAAGAAGCAGUCAAAAGAGAAGAACCCUAAUAGCAGCAGCAAGAGCAACAAGUCAAGCUCCAAGAAGCGGUACAGUGAAGCAGAGUCUGGCAAAUUACCACCGUCGAUGCCUUCUUUCAAAGAAGAAGACGACCUUAGGGAGAGUCCCGAAGACUACAAUGACGAGCAUGACAGCACUCUCUGUGGUGCGUGCGGAGAAAGUUACGGUAAGGAUGAGUUCUGGAUUUGCUGCGACUUGUGCGAACAGUGGUUUCACGGGAAGUGCGUUAGGAUCACACCCGCCCGUGCCGAGCACAUCAAGCAGUACAAAUGCCCGAGUUGCAGCAACACUAAGCGGGCCAAGGUAUGAUGAAAGAGGCGAGAAGGACGGGGUUACUCUAACACCAAAAGAUCACUCUUGCAUGCCUCUGAACUUGUAGACUAAACCCUUUCGGCUUUGUUGUCAGCUUGUAGGCUAAAGUCUGGUACUUGUCCCUGUUUUAUUUUGCUAGAUAUCGCUAAUUUGGCUGUUAAGGAAAAAAUGUUAGGAUUCACUUAAUGUGUAAUCUAAUUAUGUUUAAAUUUGCUAAUGCCUGUGAUCAGUGUUUUAAAUCA